AAAAAUUACUACAUCCACCCAUACUGCCACCGCAUCCACUCAGUUCUCAAACAGAUUGUGUGUGUAACACACGACGAUACGACUGGACGUGUUUCUUCGAGCCUUUUCUCAGAAGACCUACUCGAUAUUCCUCACAUUUUUCCUCUUCGUUGGUGUGCGUCAAGUUCAAACCAAGAAGCCAGAUUUUCUGCUAUGGCUAAAGGAGAAGGAGGUGAACAAUACUCCAACGCCAGUUUAUUGAAUAAACCGGUCAGCUCGGAUGGCAUCCAGCUCGCCAGAAAGCACGAGCACAGGAACAGACUGUCAGUCUGCAACAAGAUCUGCUAUGCCAUCGGCGGGGCACCCUAUCAGAUCACAGGAUGUGCAUUGGGCUUUUUCCUGCAGAUCUACCUGUUGGACGUAGCUCAGCUGGAUCCCUUCUAUGCCUCCAUCAUCCUGUUUGUUGGCCGAGCAUGGGACGCCAUUACAGACCCCACAGUGGGCUUCCUGGUCUCCCGAAGCCCAUGGACACGUUUCGGACGGAUGCUGCCCUGGAUCGUGCUCUCAACCCCUCUGGCUGUGCUUUCCUAUUUCCUCAUAUGGUAUGUUCCUCCAUAUGAGGAUGGCAAAGUCAUCUGGUACCUUUUCUUCUACUGCAUCUUCCAGACCCUUCAGACUUGCUUCCAUGUGCCGUACUCUGCCCUCACUAUGUUCAUCAGCUCGGAACAGAAAGAAAGAGACUCUGCCACAGCAUACAGGAUGACGGUGGAGGUUCUGGGAACUGUUCUUGGUACAGCCAUCCAGGGGCAGAUCGUGGGCAUGGCGAAUGCGCCCUGCCUACCAGGACCUGGUGACAUUGUGGCCAACCUGAGCACCUCCUCAAAACUCCUCAAUGACUCUGAGCCUGUUAUUUCCCUGGAGCACACGAGAGCGGCCUACAUGAUCGCUUCUGGUGUCAUCUGUGCUAUCUACGUCCUCUGCGCUAUUGUUCUUUUCUUUGGUGUGAGAGAGCAGAAAGAGUCUUCUUCUCGUCCCAGGUCAGAGCCCAUGGGCUUCUUCCAGGGGAUUAAGCUGGUGAUGGGGCACGGACCCUAUGCCAAACUGGUCAUGGUCUUCCUCUUCACCUCACUGGGUUUCAUGCUCCUGGAGGGAAACUUCGCCCUGUUCUGCAGCUCCACGCUGGGCUUCAGAAACGACUUCCAGAACAUUCUGCUGGUCAUCAUGCUCUCUGCUACUCUGGCCAUCCCCUUCUGGCAGUGGUUCCUGAGUCGCUUUGGAAAGAAGACUGCGGUUUACGCUGGCUCUUUGUCCGUGAUUCCUUUCAUGAUCCUGGUGGUGUGUAUAAAGAGUAACCUGAUUGUUACCUACAUCGUCUCCUUCGCUGCCGGAGUCGGAGUGGCUGCAGCCUUCCUGCUGCCCUGGUCUAUGCUGCCCGACGUCGUAGAUGAUUUCCAAGUGCAGAACCCUGACUCCACUGGCCACGAAGCUCUCUUCUAUUCCUUCUACGUUUUCUUCACCAAGUUUGCCUCUGGAAUCUCUCUUGGCAUCUCCACACUCAGUUUAGAUUUCGCAGGUUACAUCAGUCGAGGCUGCACUCAGCCAACAGCAGUAGAUCUAACCUUGAAACUGCUGGUCUCCGCCGCCCCCGUGGCUCUCAUCCUGAUCGGCCUGGUCAUAUUGUACUGGUAUCCGAUCGACGAGGAGAGGAGGCAAGGCAACCGCAAACUGCUACAGGAACAGAGGGAAAACGAGGCAGACUCAGAAACAGACUCCACAGAGCUGGCCAACAUGGUGUAGCAUAUUUUAGAGACCCACAGACCAAUCGAGCUAUCGACUGGUAUUUUGCACUGGGCGGGACCAACGGACCUGGGACUGUCGGACCAGACACUGCCCUGUCCAAUCACACUGCUGCUGUUCCACCUCUACAACACUUGACUAUGAAACAUUUUCCCGGCAUGAAAUUCCCUCUCCUCUUUUGUUCAGUCCGAUCUCAAAAGCCUUACUUUUUGUAUGACACACUACUUUUGAGUACAAAAAUCUUUCUUUUUUAAAAGUUGGCCCUGGUUCUCAGUUGAAGUUGCACAGAACCAUGAAAUGUGAUGGGAGCAUGUUUUGUCAGUGUUGCCAUUAUUGGUGCUACUCACUGGAGCUUGUACAUAACACAUAACAUGAGCAUUAAUGACCUUGAGCACUGCGCUAAAAUCAACUUGACAGCUGUGAGACGUGAACAUUGUGAGAAACUUGAACAAACAGUGAAAACGCCUUAAUUUUAGCCCUGAUUCUGGGGUUAAGAAUCCUGAAAACUGACAGACUGAUACUCAUGUCAGUCACCUGCUCUUGAGUCGUGACUUCAUAUGUAUUUUGAACAUGUUUAAUUUUACAGUUAAUCCUCACAGUUUACUUAAACCAGUCAGCCAGUUUGUGUUUCCUCCGCAUUCCCAUCCCACUUUUUUUUUAAAAGAUGCCAUAAUAUUGUGAUAUUGGAACUAGUGGCCUGAGUAACAUCUGUGCUCUAAAGGGCUCCUUAUGUACCAUAAAACUUAAACCACUACAAUACAACAUUUUUUUUUAUUUCACAUAAAAAUGUUUAUCCAGCAUUCGAAUUACUCUCAUUACCUUAUUCAUAGGACAGCUACUGAAGACAGGAAAGGCGUUUUUCUUUCCGUGACACUGAGAGUAGCCUCGACUACAGCCGGUACUAAUUUAGUGACAUUGUUAUUUAAAUAUUUAUUAGUUUUUUGAUUUUACUGUUUUUGAAUUCAUGCUUGCUGGAAAGUCCUGCAUCUUGCAGUAUUUAAAUCUCUUUAAAAACUUGUAAGGUUCCAACUGAAUUAGACGUCUCAAAAUGAGGAAAAUGGGCUGUGAGUGAAACUUUUAAAAACAUUUACACACCUUUUAAUGCAUGUUGCUAUUGCUACUGUCUUUGCUCCAUAUGCAUUCAAAAAGGGAAGCACAUUAAUGCGGGGAAAAAAAGAAGAUUGAAAGAUGUGGGAGUGAACGUGUCAUUGCCCUUGAGUGUUUUUUGAAUAUGUCUUAUUUGUUUGUAUAUAUGUGUGUGUUUAUUGAAGGAACAAUGAGGAUGCUAUGUGAUCAUCUCAAUCCCUGUCAUGGAAGUGUGGAUUGACAUAUUUCAUAUCACUGAUAUGGAAAUGUGUACAUAGUGUCAUAUGUUAUACAUACUGUUACAUCUUCGAUAUGUUGUCUCUGACGACUGGUUUGCCGAUGUGAAAUUGUUCAUAUUUCUUCCUCUUUAUUUUUCCCCCCUCCCCAGAGAUUCCUUACUGUACACAAGAACAUGGUGCCAUUUUCACUCACUAAACCUGUAAUAAUUGUACAUCGUGUAAAUCUCACUCUGUUUUAUUUUGCCAGUGUUUUUCUCUUUUAAGAACCUGUCAGUGAACUUUCCUCAUCAAUCUUGAGGCUGUAGCCAAAUGUGUGAGCUUUAAUCCCACAGGGGACACACAGAUGCCUUGUGUACAUGCCUCCUGUGCAUAUGUAUAUAUUGUAUGUAAACCUGUAAAUAUCUUUGAUAUUUGUGGCUGCGAGUGAAAUGAACCUAUGUACACUGUACUGUAGUUAUUUAAGAAAAAAUAUUGAGAUUGAAAAAGACAUUGUUAAUAAAUACUAAUUGGUAAGUGUACUGUGAA